AAUCUGGACCAUUCUUUCCACCAAUCGACGAGGGGUGACAAGGGCGAGUGACGAUGGCUCGGCCCUCUUCUGGUCAGCUCCAGAUGACGCUGGCGCUGAUCAAGCCGACCGUGUGCUCAUAUCAGCCAGACGUCAGCCUCGUACUCAAACACAUCAAGUCACAGCCGAACAUUGCUGCGGUCCGACAAAAGCGGCUCUUUUGGAAGACAGAAGAGGCUGAGAAGUUCUACGCCGAGCACAAGGGCAGAUUCUACUACGACCGGCUCAUCGCGGGCAUGACGAGCGGGCCGUCAAUAGCACUGGCGCUCGCAGGUCCAGACGUCAUUAGGCGGUGGAGGGAGAUGCUGGGUCCAACCAAAGCAUAUCGCGCAAAGUGGGAGGCCCCCGAUUGUCUGCGAGCACGCUUUGGGUUAGGCGACACGCGCAAUGGUUUCCAUGGCUCAGAUUCACCCGAGUCGGCCAAGAGAGAAUUGGAACAGGUCUUCGAGGGCUUCGCUUUCCAGUCCUGGCUAGAAGACGAGCGGGUCACACGACCACUGCUCGGUGACAAUGUCUCGCUCUAAGAUGAUGGUGAUUUGACGAUCCUGACUGGAUAUGAUACAAAUACUGUGUAACUGAGUCUAUCUACGACAUCCAUCUUGCCUUGUAUUGCACAACGGGCGUUUCAAUAGCCUGUCUGCUCUGCACCACCUUGAGCUCGCGCCUUCGCAUCACCUCGACCCUGAAUUGUGUGUCGUCGAUGUGGGCCGCCUCUCGCUCAGCUUGCGUUGGCAGGGGUUCGCUCGCGGCGAUUGCCUCCGACGUCUUGCUCAAGACGCCCUGAAGACCUGCUACGGCUUUCUCCGCGGCCAGCGAGAGAUCCGUGUCCGGUGCGCCUCCCUCCUUGGGCUCCUCCUCGUACUUCUCUUGAGAGCUGUUGGACGUUUGCAACUGGAAACGGCCCACGAGCAGGGCCGAAAAGAGGUCACCG